CCCUGGGCGACCAUCUGGGGGCAGUGGGCACUCCUGUCAGAGCGGCUGGAGCCGGACCAUCGCCCCAAGGAGCUGGGGCAGGGGGCCGUGCCCGAUCUCUGGGGCCACUGCUGACCUGGCUGGAUGCAUCGGGCAGUGGACCCUGCAGGGGCCCGCGCUGCACGGGAAGCCUUUGCCCUUGGGGGCUUGAGCUGUGCUGGGGCCUGGAGCUCCUGCCCGCCCCAUCCCCCUCCUCGGAGCGCAUGGCUGCCUGGAGGCAGGUGCUCUGCCAGCAUCGGGCAGCCCCCACUCCCUGCUCCCCUACCUCCUUCACACGGCAGUAGCUCUGGCCACCCCAACAAACCGUAUUAUGCUCCAGGGACACCCACCCCAAGACCCCUCCAUGGGAAGCUGGAAUCCCUGCAUGGCUGUGUGCAGGCAUUGCUCCGGGAGCCGGCCCAGCCGGGGCUGUGGGAGCAGCUUGGGCAGCUGUACGAGUCAGAGCACGACAGUGAGGAGGCUGUACGCUGCUACCACAGCGCCCUUCGAUACGGAGGAAGCUUGGCUGAGCUGGGGCCCCGCGUCGGCCGACUACAGCAGGCCCAGCUUUGGAACUUUCAUGCCGCCUCCUGCCAGCACCGACCCAAGGUUCUGCCUCCCCUGGAGCAAGUGUGGAACUUGUUGCACCUUGAGCACAAACGGAACUAUGGGGCCAAGCGGGGGGGUCCCCCGGUGAAGCGAGCCGCCGAACCCCCGGUGGUGCAGCCUAUGCCUCCUGCAGCACUCUCAGGCCCCUCGGGGGAGGAGGGCCUCAGCCCUGGAGGCAAACGCAGGAGAGGCUGCAACUCUGAGCAGACUGGCCUUCCCCCAGGGCUGCCGCUGCCUCCGCCACCAUUACCCCCAGCCCCACCCCCGCCUGGCCUAGCCACCAGCCCUCCAUUCCAGCUGACCAAGCCAGGGCUGUGGAGUACCCCGCAUGGAGAUGCAUGGGGCCCCGAGCGCAAGGGUUCAGCACCCCCAGAGCGCCAGGAGCAGCGGCACUCGCUGCCUCACCCAUAUCCAUACCCAGCUCCGGCCUACCCUGUGCACCCCCCCGGCCACCGGCUGGUCCCGGCUGCACCCCCAGGCCCCCGCCCCCCAGGAGCAGAGAGCCAUGGCUGCCCGGCUGCCACCCGUCCCCCUGGAAGUGACCUUAGAGAGAGCAGAGUUCAGAGGUCGCGGAUGGACUCCAGCGUUUCACCAGCAGCAACCACCGCCUGCGUGCCUUACGCCCCUUCCCGGCCCCCUGGCCCCCCCGGCACCACCACCAGCAGCAGUAGCAGCAGGAGCAACCCUGGUCUCCGGGGCGUGGAGCCGAGCCCAGGCAUUCCCGGUGCUGACCAUUACCAAACUCCCGCGCUGGAGGUCUCCUCUCACCCAGGCCGCCUUGGGCCCUCAGCACACAGUAGUCGGAAACCAUUCCUGGCGGCUCCCGCUGCCACUCCCCACCUGUCCCUGCCACCCGGCCCCUCCUCACCUCCUCCUCCCCCUUGUCCCCGCCUCUUACGCCCUCCACCCCCCCCUGCCUGGCUGAAGGGCCCAGCCUGCCGAGCAGCCCGUGAGGAUGGAGAGAUCUUAGACGAGCUCUUCUUCGGGGCUGAGGGACGCCCCCGCCCUCCCCCGCCACCCCUCCCCCACCGCGAGGGCUUCUUGGGACCUCCGGCCCCCCGCUUUUCUGUGGGCACUCAGGAUUCGCACACCCCUCCCGCUCCCCCAACCACCAGCAGCAGCAACAGUGGCAGCCACAGCAGCAGCCCUACUGGGCCUGUGUCCUUCCCUACACCUUCCUAUUUGGCCAGAAGUAUGGACCCCCUUCCCCGCCCCCCCAGCCCAACACUGAGCCCCCAGGACCCACCUCUUGCACCCCUGACUCUUGCCCUGCCUCCAGCCCCUCCCUCCUCUUGCCACCAGAAUACCUCAGGAAGCUUCAGGCACCCGGAGAGCCCUCGGCCCAGGGUCUCCUUCCCAAAGACCCCCGAGGGGGGGCCGGGGCCAUCCCCAGGCCCCCUGAAUAAAGCCCCCCAGCCUGUGCCGCCCAGGGUUGGGGAGCUGCCUGCCCGAGGCCCUCGACUCUUUGACUUCCCCCCUACCCCACUGGAGGACCAGUUUGAGGAGCCAGCUGAAUUCAAGAUCCUACCUGAUGGGCUGGCCAACAUCAUGAAGAUGCUGGAUGAAUCCAUUCGCAAGGAGGAGGAGCAGCAACGACAUGAGGCAGGCGUGGUCCCCCCGCCUCCUCUGAAGGAGCCCUUUACAUCUCUGCAGCCUCCAUUCCCCACUGACACAGCCCCAGCCACCACUGCUGCCACCGCCGCCACCACCCCGGCCACCCAGGAAGAGGAGAAGAAGCCACCACCAGCCCUGCCACCACCGCCGCCUCUAGCCAAGUUCCCGCCACCACCCCAGCCACCGCCAACUGCGCGAGCCCCACCAGCCAGCCCGGCCAACCUGCUCAAGUCUUUGGCUUCCGUGCUGGAAGGACAAAAGUACUGUUACCGGGGGACUGGAGCAGCUGUUCCCACCCGGCCUGGGCCCUUGCCCACCACUCAGUAUUCCCCCGGUUCCUCUUCAGGUGCUACCGCCCCACCGCCCACCUCCGCGGCCCCGAGCGCCCAGGGCUCCCCACAGCCCUCCGCUUCCUCGUCAUCUCAGUUCUCUACCUCAGGCGGGCCCUGGGCCCGGGAGCGCAGGGCGGGCGAAGAGCCAGCCCCGGGCCCCAUGACCCCCGCACCCCCGCCCCCACCCCUGCCGCUGCCCCCUGCUCGUUCUGAGUCUGAGGUGCUAGAAGAGAUAAGUCGGGCCUGUGAGACCCUUGUGGAGCGGGUGGGCCGGAGCACCGCAGACCCGGCCGACCCAGUGGACACGGCAGAUCGAGCGGACAGCGGGACUGAGCGACUGCAGCCCCCAGCUCAGGCCAAGGAGGAGAGCGGUGGGGUGGCGGCCGCAGCACGACCAGGGAGCAGCAAGAGGCGGCAGAAGGAGCACCGGCGGCACCGGCGGGCCUGUAAGGACAGUGUGGGUCGGCGGCCCCGGGAGGGCAGGGCCAAGGCCAAGGCCAAGGCCCCCAAAGAAAAGAGCCGCCGAGUGCUGGGGAACCUGGACCUGCAGAGCGAGGAGAUCCAGGGUCGUGAGAAGGCCCGGCCGGAUCUGGGCGGGGCCUCCAAGGCCAAGCCGCCCGUAGCUCCGGGCCCUCCGCCAGCUCCUGCACCCUCUGUCCAGCCCACACCCCCGGCAGCCCCUGUCCCUGGGAAGAAGGCUCGGGAGGAAGCUCCGGGGCCACUGGGUGUCAGCCGGGCUGACAUGCUGAAGCUGCGCUCACUUAGUGAAGGGCCCCCCAAGGAGCUGAAGAUCCGGCUCAUCAAAGUAGAAAGUGGUGACAAGGAGACCUUCAUCGCCUCGGAGGUGGAAGAGCGGAGGCUGCGGAUGGCAGACCUCACCAUCAGCCACUGUGCUGCCGACGUCGUGAGGGCCAGCAAGAAUGCCAAGGUGAAAGGGAAGUUUCGAGAGUCCUACCUUUCCCCUGCCCAGUCUGUGAAACCGAAGAUCAACUCGGAGGAGAAGCUGCCCCGGGAAAAACUGAACCCGCCCACACCCAGCAUCUAUCUGGAGAGUAAACGGGAUGCCUUCUCGCCGGUGCUGCUGCAGUUCUGUACAGACCCUCGAAAUCCCAUCACCGUGAUCCGGGGCCUGGCAGGCUCCCUGCGGCUCAACUUGGGCCUCUUCUCCACCAAGACGCUGGUGGAGGCCAGUGGUGAGCACACGGUGGAGGUGCGCACCCAGGUGCAGCAGCCCUCAGAUGAGAACUGGGACCUGACAGGCACGCGACAGAUCUGGCCCUGCGAGAGCUCCCGUUCCCACACCACCAUUGCCAAGUACGCGCAGUACCAGGCCUCAUCCUUCCAAGAGUCCCUGCAGGAGGAGAAGGAGAGUGAGGACGAGGAGUCCGAGGAGCCGGACAGCACCACGGGAACCCCUCCUAGCAGCGCACCGGAUCCGAAGAACCAUCACAUCAUCAAGUUUGGCACCAACAUCGACCUGUCCGAUGCCAAGCGGUGGAAGCCCCAGCUGCAGGAGCUGCUGAAGCUGCCCGCCUUCAUGCGGGUAACCUCCACGGGCAACAUGCUGAGCCACGUGGGCCACACCAUCCUGGGCAUGAACACAGUGCAGCUGUACAUGAAGGUCCCAGGCAGCCGAACGCCAGGCCAUCAGGAGAACAACAACUUCUGCUCGGUCAACAUCAACAUUGGCCCAGGAGACUGCGAGUGGUUCGCGGUGCACGAGCACUACUGGGAGACCAUCAGCGCUUUCUGCGACCGGCAUGGCGUGGACUACCUGACGGGUUCCUGGUGGCCAAUCCUGGAUGACCUCUAUGCUUCCAACAUCCCUGUGUACCGCUUCGUGCAGCGCCCCGGAGACCUUGUGUGGAUUAAUGCGGGGACCGUGCACUGGGUGCAGGCCACCGGCUGGUGCAACAACAUCGCCUGGAACGUGGGGCCCCUCACCGCCUAUCAGUACCAGCUGGCCCUGGAACGAUACGAGUGGAACGAGGUGAAGAACGUCAAAUCCAUCGUGCCCAUGAUUCACGUGUCCUGGAACGUGGCUCGCACGGUCAAAAUCAGCGACCCCGACUUGUUCAAGAUGAUCAAGUUCUGCCUCCUGCAGUCCAUGAAGCACUGCCAGGUGCAGCGGGAGAGCCUGGUGCGGGCCGGGAAGAAAAUCGCCUACCAGGGCCGGGUCAAGGACGAGCCCGCCUACUACUGCAACGAGUGCGACGUGGAGGUGUUCAACAUCUUGUUCGUGACGAGUGAGAACGGCAGCCGUAACACGUACCUGGUGCACUGCGAGGCUUGUGCGCGGCGCCGCAGCGCAGGCCUGCAGGGCGUGGUGGUGCUGGAGCAGUACCGCACGGAGGAGCUGGCGCAGGCCUACGACGCCUUCACGCUGGUGAGGGCCCGGCGGGGCGGGGACCCGAGGGGGCGCCGGGGCGGGCCGGGCCGGGGGUGGGCGAUCGCGCAUCCUGAGCUCCGCCUGCUCUCUCCCGCAGGCCCCGGCCAGCACGUCGCGAUGAGGCCGGACGCCCCGCCCGCCUGCCCGCCCGCAGGGCGCCGCGGGGCCACCAGCACACGCCUGGGCUGGACCUAGGUCCCGCCUCUGGCCGGGAAGGGGGUCGGGCCCAGCCCUUCCACCCCAUUGGCAGCUCCCCUCACCUAAUUUAUUAAGAAAAAGAAUUUUUUAAAAAACAAAUAUGAGGAAAAAAGGAAAAAAAAUGGGAGACGGGGAAGGGGGCUGGUAGCCCCUCGCCCACCAGCGCCUCCCCUCACCGACUUUGGCCUUUCUAGCAACAGACACAAGGACCAGGCUCCGGCGGCGGCGGGGGUCACAUACGGGUUCCCUCACGCCUGCCAGCCGCCCGCCCGGCGCAGAUGCACGCGGCUCGUGUAUGUACAUAGACGUUACGGCAGCCGAGGUUUUUAAUGAGAUUCUUUGUAUGGGCUUUACCCCUCCCCCAGAACCUCCUUUUUUACUUCCAGUGCUAGCUGUGACCCCUGUACAUGUCUCUUGUUUAUUCACUUGGUUAUGAUUUGUAUUUUCUGGGUUUUUUGUUUGUUUUGGUUUUUAAUUUAUAACAGUCCCACUCACCUCUAUUUAUUCAUUUUUGGGAAAACCCGACCUCCCGCACCCCCAAGCCAUCCCGCCCGCCCCUCCAGGGACCGCCCGCCGCCGGACCCUCCCUGCGCCCCAGUGUGUGUCCGGCCCCGGCCCGUCCGUCUCCGCCCGUCCGCCCGCCCGCGGCUCCAGCCGGGUUCUCAUGGUGCUCAAACCUGCUCCCCUCCCCUACGUCCUGCACUUUCUCGGACCAGUCCCCCACUCCCGACCCGACCCCAACCCCGCCUGAGGGUGAGCGACUCCUGUACUGUAGGGGAAGAAGUGGGAACUGAAAUGGUAUUUUGUAAAAAAAAAAAUAAUAAAUAAAUAAAAUAAAUUUUUAAAGUU